AUGCCCGUCGACGACGAACAGCAUCCACCACAUCCACCACAUCCACCAAAUGCACUCGCUGGGCCCUCGACGAUGCUCGAAGUACCACCCAUCUACCUUCCGCCACCAGGCCCUCCUCGACCGCGCCCUCUUCUUAGCAGUACCCAGGACCUCAUCACCCGUUUUCAACUGCUUCCUGCCUACGACAAAUAUGUUCGGCCGUACGCGCCGCCCGUCGGUCAGCAGCUUUCCGCCGCGGACAAGGGCAAAGGCAGGGAGAGGGAGAUGUCAGUCCCGCUGGGCGCAACACCAGGAGCUGUGCUGGAUGGAGACGAGGACGAUGGAGAGGGAAAGAAGAAAGCAAAGAAUACAUAUAAGCAGCUCAUCAAGGGCAUUCCUGGAAAACAUUCUAUGAAGAAGGACGAAUACCUGACGACGAUAAUGCAGGUGCCUCCGAAGCAGAAGAUUGCCAUUGUGCCGUUCGACCAACGAACUCAGCGGGAUGCAUUCUCAGUUAACCUGGAUGGCCUCAAAGGCUGGAAUAUCAACGUGCUCGUCGCGGAGUCACCACAAGCGCGGGAGGACAGGAAGAAACGUAAAGAGCUCAAGAAACUCGCAAAAUCGCAGGGCCAAACCCCACUCGUGGUGGGCACACCCUCAGCGUCCGGACUGCCUGCAACCCCUGCGGCGGUGUCAUCAUCGGUGACUGUUCCGGCGCGCGGAGCGACGCCAAAACCUGCAGGUGUGCCACGGCCAGCCGUAUCAAUACCGCACGCGAAUGUGAACCCCAGUCAUCCGCGCGGUCGAACGCCCGUCGGCAUCGGAACGCCGCAGUCGAUGCCUACACCUGGCACCGCGGCUAUCCCGACGCCUGCACCGACGGCGGUCGCGUUCAGCCCACCCGGUUCCACGCCAGCGUCGACGAAUGUGUCCACCGGGACCGAGCUCAGGCGCGGGACCAAGCGCGAGAGGGAGCCCACCGGGGACGGCGCGCAACCUGUCGCGCGCACGAACGGCACGAAUGCAACGAACGGGAAUGGGGCUGCCGCAGCGAGGCCGGCUAUAGUCGUGAGCGCGAAGGCGGGCAACGCGGGAGUCCGGCCCAGGCCGCUGAAAAAGCAGCGCAUGGAUCCCGAGGGCGCUGCAAGGCCCGUACCCGUACAGCAGCCGACGCCGCAUGCAUGA